AUGAAACUACCAAAUGUGUUCAGAUCGCGUUUUGUUGAUUAUGCAACAAGACGUAACAAGUCAACAAAACUAAAUGCAAUUACGAACUAUUUGGUGGAGAAGUCAAAAUUAUAUAUUGUAUGGCUUCAGGAACUCAAAAUAUCUAUCAAAUUGUAUCAAAAAUUGCAAAAUAUUUGUAUUGCUGUACUUUCCACGGGACCGGUGCCGGAGCAUGUUUCUUUCAUAAUGGAUGGUAAUAGAAGAUACGCCAAAAAAUCUGGACUGGUAGUCAAGAAAGGACAUGAAGCUGGAGGAUUGACAUUGUUGAGCCUAUGUUACGCAUGCAAGAAGAUUGGAGUAAGCUGCGUGUCUGCAUACGCUUUCUCAAUUGAGAAUUUCAACAGAUCGCCACAAGAAGUGGAUAUAUUGAUGACAUUGUUCGGAAGCAAGUUAGACGAAUUUGCAAAAAGAGCUGUAAAUUUUCAAGACCCACUCUAUGGGUCUCGAUUGAGAAUCGUGGGAGAUAUUUCAUUGGUGUCGAAGGAUCUGAAAACCAAGAUAGAAAAUGCGGAAGAAGUUACAAAAGAUGGAAAGGAUUUCACUCUCUAUAUAUGUUUCCCAUAUACUUCUAGGAAUGACAUUUUUCAUGCUAUGUGUGAUUUGAUUGCGAAAUGCCAAAACCAAACGCUAGAAUCCAAAAAUCUGACAAUUCCCCUACUGACUGAAGACAUGUACCUCGAUAAUUUUUCAAAUAAAUGUGACCUUCUAAUUAGGACUAGCGGGCAUAUGAGAUUAUCGGAUUACAUGCUGUGGCAAGUGCAUGAGAAUGCAGACAUUGUGUUUACCUCAACUUUAUGGCCAGACUUUGAUUUCACCAAAUUGUAUGUCAUGAUUUUGAAAUGGUCAUUUUUUACCACACUUCAAAGAUAUUCUGAAAGAGGUGUCACUUUAAAAGACCGAAUACUUUUCAAUACGCCUUUUAUUAAUCGAAGUAGACCAAUUGGUCCUUCAUCAGUUUAUGAUUCACUACCAAAGCCUCCGAUUGCCAUGUCUAUCACGGGAGAAACUGAUUCAUGA